AUGUUCGCGCAGCUCAAGCGCGAGAGUCUGCGCAAGCUGCAGGCGAUGGAGGACAAGAGUCCCAAGGGCUGCAUCGACGAGCCCAUCGUGGACAUGAUCAAGACCAUCAAUGCGCACCCGGACUACGUGACGAGCAGCUCGUGCUCCGGUCGCAUUGCGGUUUUCUGCGGUGAAGCUGCAGGCAGUGAAGCCGGCUCAGAUCUGAUCACCAAAGGCGGCAAGUGGCUGAUCGCGGAGCACGCCACCAUCACGUUCGAGCAGUUGACGGCGGCGCUGCGCUCGCCCGACGCCAACUCCAGCACCAGCAACAUGAUCAUCUUCAAGCACGAGCCGUUCAUCAUGCACGUUGUGUGUCGCGAUUUGGAUGCGGCCAAGGAGCUGCUGCAGUGGGGCAUUGCCAGUGGGUUCCGCGAGUCGGGUGUCGUGCUGGGUAACAGGAAGAUCAUGUGUGCUAUCCGUACGACUGCCAAUGGACUGGAGAUCCCGCUUGGACGCAGUGCGGAGCACCUGCUGGUGAACGAGGACUACCUGCGGUGGAUCGUGGAUAUUGCAAACCAGAAGUUCGAAGCCAACAAGCAGAAGACCGAUCGCCUGUUUGAGGCGUUCCGCGCGAAGUUUUGUCAGCCGGCAAAUGCACAGACUGGCAACAGCUCGCUGGUUGAGUUGAGUUCGUGGAAGGAGGCCACUAGCGCAGACAAUGUGAAGCUGGUGGGCCAUACGAGUGUGCAGUACAAGGACAACAUUGUCGUUUUCGGCGGCCAGGGCCCUACGGCUUCAGGAACGACGACGCGCGUUGCCGACGUGACGUUCUUGACCCCUUCCAUGGAUGGAUCUCUUGAGCAGACAUAUCAUGCAGCUGCCGGAGCUGAUGGCCCCUCAGCUCGGAUGUACCACUCAGCGGUUGCUGUGGGAUCACUGGGCUCUGUUGUGUACGUGCACGGCGGUCGCGAUGCCGAGCAAGUUUUCGGUGACCUGUAUGCAUUAGACCUGGCUCAGACCCCGUUGCAAUGGCGCCAAAUUGAAAAUUCGUCCAGCAGUCCGCGCCGGUUUGACCACAUUGGUGAAGUUGUCAACUCGACCAAACUUGCUUUCUGGGGAGGCAUGACAUCGCUAGAGGGAUCUGAUGGCACGGGUGAAGACGCUCAUGGCACUUGCUCGCUUUUCGAUACUGUCAAGGAGACGUGGGGACACAAGACUCUUAAAAAUGCCAAGAACAACGGCCAGCCGCCUGCGCUUUUUGCUGCUAGCGCUAGCGCAAUCAGCGACCACCAGAUUAUCGUGGUAGGAGGCAUGACGUCUGCCUUGCUCGCGAAUGGAGACAAGGCAACACAAAAAAAUUACAUGCUGGACGUGAAGUCGUCGCAGUGGACGGACAUUGGUGAAGUGAAGCACGAAAACGCGGCAUUUGUGGGACACAGCAGCACGUGGAUGCCGAGCAACAAUUCCCUUUACGUUUUGGGCGGUGGCUUCCAGUGCUUUGGCUUCGGUCAAUUCUAUUCGUCGGCAUACCAAUGUCAGCUUUCAAUCACGGCGCCGAAGAGAACCCCUGCCAAGGCUGCAAAGAGCAACGCGGUUACUACUUUAUCAUCCAAUGCGCCAGCCUCAGCAGAUGAGAAGCCCCUCGGUGUUCUCGUUGGAAAGCUGCAAGUGAAGAAGGUGAAGACUUUGUUGGAGAAAGCUCACGUGUAUGACAAGGCCCGACGUGUGCACGUCGCGAACGUGGCGUCUUCGAGUGAGGCCGCCACUGACGGAAAGGCGACGACGAUGUUCCUGCUUCCUGUUACGGCAGCAAUUCAUGAACUGAUCACCUCGACCAACGACGCUGACCUGCAGCAACUUGAGGUUGUACCUGACGACGAUGCGUACGCUAACAAGUUUGGCAAGACGAGUGGGCUGAACCGCAACGAAGUCAUCCGCAGCACGAUUGGAGCAUUUGCCAGCAAGCACCAGCUCCCUGCAGAGAUUGUGAAGGCCAUUCCGGACAAGUACGAGUUCGUGAGCGAUGUCUUGCUGAUCCCGCGUGAUUCCUUCCUUGAGCCGGAGUGGGCGCCGUUCGCAGACGAAAUGUGGGCGCAAGUUUGUGCGUCGACGACACCAGCGUUCUCCCGUGUUGCAAGGAAAGCCUUCAUCGAUGCCAGCGAGAAGCGUCAGAGUCACGUGGAGUUGCUGUAUGUGAACAACAAGGCGUUGACCUCCCCGCGUAGCAAGAGCGCUCCUGGCUGGGUGGAGAUUCGUGAGAAUGGCAUCGUCUACGGUUGGGACCUCACGCGGGUCAUGUUUUCGUCGGGUAAUGUCACUGAAAAGGCCCGCAUGGCGAACAUCGGGUGCCGUGGAGAGACAAUCGUGGACCUAUUCUGUGGUAUCGGCUACUACGUCCUCCCGUUCCUGGUGCACGGCGGUGCGGCGUUCGUCCACGCGUGCGAGUGGAACCCGGACUCGGUGGCAGCCCUGCGCUUCAAUCUGGAGCGCAACCAUGUAGCGGGCAGAUGCAAGGUGUACCUCGGUGACAACCGCGAGUCGGCUCCUACCAUCGGCGCUGUGGCUGACCGAGUGAAUCUCGGCCUUUUGCCCACAAGCGAGAAGGCUUGGCCGCUGGCCGUGCAGGCACUGAAGUCAAGCGGUGGCUGGUUCCACGUCCACGACAACGUGGCCGUGGAGGACCGUGAGGCGUGGGAGCAGCGUCUGCUGGACUCGAUGCGCUCGCUCGCGAAGCAGUACGGCAAGCACUGGACCAUCACGUGCGAACAUGUGGAGAAGGUCAAGUCGUAUGCCCCCAAAGUGUACCACCUUGUUGCCGACAUCCACUGUGUGCCAAUCGCUGGCGCUUAA